AUGCCUUUCGAUAGUCAUAUUCGGAAAAUAUUUGAUAAGGAGACCGUUGAUGUUUUUCAUGAUUCAAAAGUGCUCCUAGUUGGAGCCGGUGGUAUCGGCUGUGAAUUACUUAAGGAUCUUAUCACUAUGAACUACGGUGAAAUUCACAUCUUAGAUUUGGAUACCAUCGACCUUUCCAACUUGAACCGUCAAUUCCUAUUUCGUCAGAAGGAUAUAAAAGCUUCAAAAUCACUCACUGCCGUCAUGGCUGUUCAGCAUUUUAGUCAUAUCUCCAAGUUGGUUGCCCAUCAUGGUAAUAUUAUGGACGCUGUGCAGUUCCCCCUUUCGUUUUUCCAGCAGUUUGAUAUGAUCUUCAAUGCCUUGGACAACCUAGAGGCAAGAAUGUACGUCAAUAAAGUCUGUCUUUUUAUCAAAACUCCACUUAUGGAGUCUGGUACUACGGGCUUAAAGGGUCAGGUCCAGCCUAUUUAUCCCUAUUCAACUGAAUGCUUUGCAUGUGUGCCCAAGUCCACUCCAAAAACUUUUCCACUUUGUACCAUUCGUUCCACUCCUUCCAAGCCAGUUCAUUGUGUUACAUGGUCCAAGAACUUUCUUUUUCCGCAGCUAUUCGGUCCAGAUACCGUAGAAAACCUUCCCCAAAAAGGUCAAGAUGCGGAACAGGACGGUGAAGCUGCAGAUAAAGAUUUGAUGCAGGAGGCAAAUGAGUUGUUUGAGCUGAAGAGGAAGGUGCUGGAUGCUUCUGACGGUUUUAAAGAUGCUUCGUUUGUUGAUGAUAUCAUCUUUAAGGUGUUCGCUGAAGAUAUCAGUAAGCUUCUGCGCAUAGAAGACCUUUGGAAAAGUCGAGCCAAGCCCACUCCUUUGGACUACGGCAAGUAUCGAGCUGAUAUCGGCAAAAUGACGGAUAUUGAAAAUUUGAAGCUUUCUGAUCAAAACAUCUGGACAGUUCAAGAGAACUUGGAAAUAUUCACUAAAGCUACUCUUCGCUUGACGAUGCGUUUGUCAAAGGAGAGAGAAAUUGAGUUUGAUAAAGAUGAUGACGAUACCUUGGAGUUUGUCGUAAGUGCUUCGAAUAUUCGGUCGUUCGUUUUCGGUAUUCCUUUGAAAACAAAGUUUGCUGUUAAACAGAUAGCCGGUAAUAUUAUUCCAGCAGUGGCCACUACUAAUGCCAUUAUGGCUGGCUUCAGUGCUCUUUCGUCGAUUCACUACUUUAUAAAUGGUAAGAAUGCGGAGGUGGCUGCUCGGGCAUCAAAAAUGAUCUUCGACUCCUCGGUUCCCGAAAGAUUCGUCAACUCAUCUAAAUUAGUGAGAAGUAAUUUCAACUGUAAGCAGUGUUCCAUCACUAGAGGAAUUGCUUGUGUUGAUAUUGAUCACAUGGCUCUCGGUGCAUUCAGGGAUGCAUUACUUAAAGAGUAUCAUAACGAAGAUGAUGUCUCUAUUGCCACAAGUGAUUCCCGAUUAUUGUACGACUUUGAUUUCGACGAUAACCUCCAGCGACCUUUGAAAGAUUUUAUCGGGGACGGUGAUGUCUUAUUGAUUUCCGACUCUGAAGAGACAUUAGACCAUAUUGAACUUUUAAUAAAAAAAGGAAUGCAUUGUGUUAUUCCACCCUUGGAUAUCCCGCCAUUUAGAGAACAGGCAUUUGAAGAGGAUGGCGAAAAGGAAGAUGCAGAAACAGAAGAUAAUAUGAAGUCAGUGGUAGGUGAUGAAGUAGUUGUGUUGGAUGGGGAUGAUGACAAAAUAUCCAAUACCAAGAGAUCGUUAGAAGAUGAUGAUAAUGGGCCAAUGGUGAAAAAGGUCAGGAUGUCAGUCAACGAUGAGGAAGAUCCGAUAAUUUUAGAUUAA